AUGGCGAUGGAUCAAGUAAACGCGCUUUGCGAGCAGCUGGUGAAAGCGGUGACGGUCAUGAUGGACCCCAGCUCCACCCAGCGCUACCGCCUGGAAGCCCUCAAGUUCUGUGAAGAGUUUAAAGAAAAGUGCCCUAUCUGUGUCCCCUGUGGCUUGAGGUUGGCUGAGAAAACACAGAUUGCCAUCGUCAGACAUUUUGGCCUUCAGAUCCUGGAACACGUUGUCAAGUACCGGGAAGCCAGUGUGGAAGUGAUGGGGGUAAUGUCUCGUUUUGCUGGGAUUGAACGUGGCAGCAUCGAUGAGGCUUAUGUAGACCUGACCAGUGCUGUACAUGAGAGACUACAAAAGCUACAAGGUCAACCUAUCUCGGCCGACUUGUUGCCAACCACCUACAUUGAAGGGUUGCCCCAAGGCCCUACAACAGCAGAAGGGACUGAUCAGAAAGAGGAGGUGCGAAAACAAGGCUUAUUUCAAUGGCUUGAUUCUCUUCAGACUGGUAACACCACCUCUCCGGACCUGCAGCUCACUGUUGGAGCAGUGAUUGUGGAGGAAAUCAGAGCAGCCAUAGAGAGGGAGACGGGCUUUCAGUGUUCAGCUGGAAUUUCACACAAUAAGGUCCUGGCAAAACUGGCCUGUGGACUUAACAAGCCCAACAGCCAGACCCUGGUCUCACAUGGGUCAGUCCCACAGCUCUUCAGUCAAAUGCCUAUCUACAAAAUCCGUAAUCUUGGAGGAAAGCUAGGGGCCUCUGUCAUUGAAAUCCUGGGGGUGGAAUACAUGGGUGAACUGACCCAGUUCACUGAAUCCCAGCUCCAGAGUCAUUUUGGGGAGAAGAAUGGAUCUUGGCUAUAUGCCAUGUGUCGUGGGAUUGAACAUGAUCCAGUUAGACCCAGAAAAAUACCUAAAACCAUUGGCUGCAGCAAGAACUUCCCAGGAAAGACAGCUCUGGCUACUCGGGAACAGGUACAGUGGUGGCUUUUGCAAUUAGCCCAGGAACUAGAGGAGAGACUAACCAAGGACCGAAAUGAUAAUGACAGGGUGGCCACACAGUUGGCUGUGAGCAUUCGUGUACAAGGAGACAGACGUCUCAGCAGCCUACGCCGCUGCUGUGCCCUUACCCACUACGAUGCUCACAAGAUGAGCCGUGACGCAUUUGCUGUCAUCAGGAACUGUAACACUUCAGGAAUCCAAACUUGCUGGUCUCCUCCCCUCACAAUGCUUUUCCUCUGUGCUACCAAAUUCUCUGCCUCUGCCCCUUCAUCUUGCACAGACAUCACCACCUUCUUGAGCAGUGACCCAAGUUCUCUGCCAAAGGUGCCAGCUACCAGUUCAGAAGCUAAGACCCAGGAAUGUGGCCUGGCAGGGACAGCCACUAAGAAAGCAGCCACUUCUCUGGAAUCAUUCUUCCAAAAAGCUGCAGAAAAGCAGAAAGUCAAAGAAGCUUCAGUGUCAUCUCUUACUGCCACUCCCCAGGCCCCCACGAGCAAUUCACCAUCCAAGCCCUUGUUACCUUUCCAAACCAGUCAUGCUACAGGAACCGAGCCCUUCUUUCAGCAGAAGAGUCUACUUCUAAAGCAGAAACAGCUUAAUAAUCCUUCAGUUGUCUUCCCUCCACAAAAUCCCCAGUCCAGCCCUAAAAAGUUAACAAACUCUUUUCCAACAGAAUAUCCAGAUUGCACCCCCAUCUGUCAAGCAGUAUUGAAGGUGGGAUCCUCUAAAACAACUCCUGCAGGGAUGGAUUUGGCCCAGAAUAGCCCAAGCAGUCUUGCUUCCGUAACUUCCACGUCUGCUCCGGAGGUGGCUCAGAAGUCAACUACUACCCCAAGUCCUGUGGCAGCUGAGGACCAAGUGCCCUGUGAGAAGUGUGGCUCUCUGGUGCCUGUAUGGGAAAUGCCUGAACAUACGGACUAUCAUUUUGCAUUGGAGUUACAGAAAUCCUUUAUGCAGUCCCACUCCUCAAACUCACAGGUUGUUCCUGCCAGUUCUCCUCAGGGCAAAAGAAAUCCCAAGAGCCCUUCAGCCUCCAGUAAUAAACGCCCUAGGCCUGAGGGCAUGCAGACAUUGGAAUCAUUUUUCAAGCCGUUAACACACUAG